AUUUAUUUUACAUUUUUAGACAACAUCAGGUGAAGAUGUGCGUGAUUUCAGCAAGGUGCUGAAAAAUAAGUUCAGAUCAAAGAAACACUUUGCCAAACAUCCUCGCUUGAGUUAUUUACUAGUACAAACAGUUCUAGAAGGCGAGAAGCUUGAGAGGACACAAUCAUCGCCUUGGAAGCUUCAUCACGAUACUACUUUGAUUCUUCUUCCCUCUUCAGAAAUGCAAUGUGCAAAUUCAAUUCCAUGGUUUUGGAAGUCCCAUUGAGAACACGAUUCAUUUGUGCCGGCAUAAUGCUCUGACCGAGAAAGAAUUGAAGUACCACGCUGAGUAUUGUUAUCCCGAUAGUUCUUUCGUCUCAGUCCGUGUGUAUUCCCGGGCGAAUGUGCUCGUGUGGUCUCAGGAGUUGCGGAGGUCACGGCUCUGGGACAGCCGUUUCAUCGCCCUAUGCUGCAGGAAAAAAGCAAUGAAAGUGCCGUUCAUGUUUUACACGGCGAGCUGCUGAAUACUAACCGGUCUCACACGAUUACCAUCACCUUGCCCUUGUGAAGGCAGAUAUGGAUAAGGUUCUCAAAGCUGAUAGAAGAUUGAAACCACGCUCGUCCUGUGACGCUGAACCUACCCCGGAAGAGAGAGCCCAGAGAAUUGCCAAAGCUGUCCGCAAACAGUCAACAGAAGUGAAGGAAAAUUGGGAGCAAUUGAAAACCCGUGCAAGCAACUGGCAGAAACAGGUGGAAAAGGCGUUGGAGAAACUUCAAGAACUGCAGAAAGCUCUGGAUGAUCUUGAGGCUCAUGUGAUAACAGCUGAGGGGGUCCACACUGAUUGGCAACCUGUGGGUGACCUGCUUAUUGACUCAUUGCAGGAUCACAUUGAUAAAACCACAGGUAAGGACUAUCUGCAAAAUCUGAGAUUGGGUUUUGAAAGACAGCAGCCUUUGUUUUGGAGAGAUAAUGGGAACUGCAGAUGCUGGAGAAUGCGAGAUAACACCGUGUGGAACUGGACGAAGACAGCAGGCCAAGCAUCAUCUUAGGAGCACAAAAGCUGAUGUUUCGGGCCGAGAACCACCUUCAGAAAAUGGGGAGGGGGUGCGGGUUCUGGAUUAAAUAGGGAGAGAGGGGGAGGCGGAUGGAAGAUGGAUGGAGGAGAAGGUAGGUGGAGAGGAGAGUAUGGGUAGGGAGGCAGGGAGGGGAUAGGUCAGUCUGGGGAGGCGGGACAGGUCAAGGGAGCGGGAUGAGGGGAAAUAGGGGUGCGGCAUGAGGUGGGAGGGGGGAUGGGUGAGAGGAAGAAUAGGUUAGGGAGGCGGGGACGAGCUGGGCUGGUUUCGGGAUGCAGUGGGAGGACAGGAGAUUUGGAAGCUUGUGAAAUCCACACUGAUAGCAUUGGGCUGCAGGGUUCCCAAGCAGAAUAUGAGUUGCUGUUCCUGCAACCUUCGGGUGGCGUCAUUAUGGCACUGCAGGAGGCCCAGGUUGGACGUGUCCUCUCAGGAAUGGGAGGGGGAGUUGAAAUGGUUCGUGACUGGGAGGUGCAGUUGUUUAUUGCAAACUGAGCGUAGGUGUUCUGAAAAGCGGUCCCCAAGCCUCUGCAUUGUUUCCCCAAUGUCGAGGAAGCCACAACGGGGACAGCGGAUGUUUUGGAUAUUUCUUCAGCAUUGAUUUUCAUUCAGAGUUGGUUCGAUUUUGCUGAAGCAAUAGACAUAACUCACUAUGACGUAGACAAUGUCAGAGUUAAUGUUUCGCGUCCUGUGACCCUUCCUCAGAUCUCACUCUUCACUGAUGCUGCCAGACCUGCUGAGCUUUUCCAGCAACUUCUGCUUUUGUUGCUGAUUUACAGUGCCCACAGUUCUUUUGUUUUUUACAACACAGACAAAACUUGAUCUCUGCAGGAAGCAUGAUGCUGCAUUCUCCAACUUCCCUGGCCUUUUGUAAUAUAAUAUUGUCUUUUUAGGACAGAAGUGGCUUUUUUUUUGUUUUAACUUCUCCACAUGCUUUCUAUGCAGGUUAAAAGUCUACACCUUUUCAGUUCACUGCAGUGCUGCAUAAUGAAGACUUGGAACAAUUUUUUUUAUGAAGUAGAAAAUCAGUGUGGUUUGUUUUCCAAAAUGUGAUGUCAGCUUUCCUGGAGCAAGUCUGUUUUCCUUCGGAUGAGACGACUUUCAGACAUACUCCCUUUAUUAUGAGAUAUAAUUGGGGUAAAAUGAGGAGGAUUUUUAUUCACUGAGACACACAUGACUAUAUGUUUAAAUCAUUGGAAAAUGCAUUCUGUUAGGACUGUCAUGUUAUCUGGUGUUUGGACCAGGCUUUCCGAUUAAAUGCAAGUGAUUAAGGAUG